CUUAGGAAAAUACUAAGGAGGGGCCGAUCGGUGUGUUUCGGAGGCAUCUGGAGCCCCACCCUCGGCUAGAGGAAAAGCCCCUUGUGGAAGAAGCAGAAGCGUCAGAAACAGAGAAGAAAGGCGCCUCUCCCCGCGCACAGCCUCUCAGUCCUGCUGCGCCAAGGGCCCAGCCUGCGCUCCCCGGCCGCGGCCUUUGGCCCCGCGGAUCCCUCCCACUCCGGCCCCCGAGUGUGUCGCCCGCGACCUGCCCCGAGUCUUCCCAUGGCGGCCGCCCCAGCCAGGCGCUCCCUGAGCGCAGCGCUCUGCUGGCAGCUCCUGCUGACCCUCACGAUUUCAAUAUCUGCCUGUGGUGCCUGCAAAAAAGUGACACUAGAUGUCCCCUCCAAGCUGGACGCUAAGAAAUUUGUGGGUAGAGUUAACCUGAAGGAAUGUUUUAAGUCUGCAAAUCUAAUUCAUUCAAGUGAUCCUGAUUUCCAAAUUUUAGAAGAUGGUUCAGUCUAUACAACAAAUGCUAUUCUUUUGUCCUCAGAGAAGAGAAAUUUUACCAUAUCACUUUCCAAUACCGAGAACCAAGAAGAAAAGCAAAUAUUGGUCCUUUUAGAGCAUCAAACGAAGGUGCUAAAGCAAAGUGAUUCUAAAGAAACCAUUCUGAGACGUGCCAAGAGAAGAUGGGCUCCAAUCCCUGUCUCAAUGAUGGAGAAUUACCUGGGUCCUUUCCCGCUUUUUCUUGAACAGAUUGAAUCUGAUUCAGCACAAAACUACACUGUAUACUAUUCUAUAAGAGGGCCUGGAGUUGACGAAGAACCCCUGAAUUUAUUUCAUAUAGAGAGGGACACUGGAAAUCUGUAUUGUAAUCGGCGUGUAGAUCGUGAGCAGUAUGAAUCUUUUCAGAUAGUUGCCUUGGCAACAACUCCGGAUGGAUAUUCUACAGAUCGUCCACUUCCCAUAAUAAUCAAAGUUGAGGAUGAAAAUGAUAAUCCGCCAAUUUUUACAGAAAAAACUUAUAUUUUUAGAAUUGCUGAACACAGCAGAGUUGGCUCCACCGUGGGGCAGGUGUGCGCAGUGGACAAGGAUGAGCCUGGCACACUCCACACGCUCCUGAAGUUCUCCAUCCUGCAGCAGCUGCCAGCAUCGCCCAGCCUGUUCUCCAUGCACCCAUCUACAGGUGUGAUUACCACCACUUCAUCUCAGCUGGACAGAAAGUUAGUUGAUAAAUACCAGUUGCAAAUCAAGGUGCAAGACAUGAAUGGUCAACCUUUUGGGUUGUACACAACUUCAACUUGCAUCAUUGAGAUUGAAGAUGUGAAUGACAACUUGCCAACUUUUACUCAAACUUCUUAUGUGACAUCAGUGGAAGAAAAUAAAGUUGAUGUGGAAAUCUUACGUGUUAGUGUGGAGGAUAAGGAUUUAUUUAAUACUUCUAAUUGGAGAGCUAAUUAUACCAUUCUAAGUGGCAAUGAAAAUGGAAAUUUUAAAAUUGUAACAGAUCUCAAAACUAAUGAAGGAGUUCUUUGGGUGAUUAAGCCGCUGAAUUAUGAAGAAAGACAACAGCUGACCCUGCAAAUUGGUGUUGUUAAUGAAGCUCCAUAUUUUAGAGAAACGACUUCAAGAUCAGCCAUGAGCACUGCUACAGUUACUGUUAAUGUAAAAGACCAGGACGAGGGCCCGGAGUGUACCCCUCCAGUGCAAACUGUUCGAAUUCAAGAAAAUGCACCCUUGGGAACAAAGAGCAGUGGAUAUAAAGCGUAUGACCCGCAAACAAGAAGUAGCAGUGGGCUAAGAUAUAAGAAAUUAAGUGAUCCAAAAGGGUGGGUCACUGUCGAUGCUGACACAGGAUCAAUCACAACUUUAAGAAGCUUGGACAGAGAGGCAGAGUCCAUCAAAAAUGGCAUAUACAAUGUGACAAUCCUUGCAUCAGACAAAGGUGGAAAAACAUGUACUGGGACACUUGGAAUUAUACUUGAAGAUGUGAAUGAUAACGGCCCAGUCAUACUGAAACAGAAAGUGAUAAUCUGCAAAACCGUCAUGUCUUCUGCAGAGCUUGUUGCUUAUGAUUCCGAUGACCCUGUAAAUGGCCCACCCUUUAGCUUCAGUUUGGAGGAUGAUUCUGAUUCAAAUGUACAUACAAUGUGGAGACUGACAAAAAUUAAUGAUACAGCAGCACGUCUUGUGUAUCAAAAUGACCUUCCUUUUGGAUCAUACACUGUACCUGUCAGAGUUGCAGACAAACAUGGCCUGUCUCAUGUCUCAUCAUUAAAUGUCAUCAUAUGUGACUGUGUUACCGAAAAUGACUGCACAUCUCGUGUGCUUCCCAGAACUGGUAGCGCAGAAGUGAAACUCGGAAAGUGGGCCAUCCUUGCAAUAUUUUUGGGCAUAGCCUUGCUAUUUUGUACCCUGUUUACCUUAGUCUGUGGGGCUUCUAAGGCAGGCAAAAAGGGACGAGAAGCACUUCCUGACGACUUGGCCCAGCAGAACCUCAUUGUGUCAAACACGGAAGCCCCUGGAGAUGACAAAGUGUUUUAUGCAAAUGGCUUCACAUCCAAUACUGCGGGCAGUUCGGGUCAGGGAAUUUGCGGCACCAUUGGAUCAGGAAUGAGAAAUGGAGGGCAAGAGACCAUUGAAAUGAUGAAAGGACACCAGACCUUGGACUCAUGCCAGGGGGCCAGGCAUCAUCACACUCUGGAAUCAUGUAAAGGAGGUGGACAGCGCACCCUGGACCCCUGCAGGGGUGGCCACGUAGAGCUAGACAACUGCAGAUCCUCAUACUACGAGUGGCGUAAUUUCACUCAGCCCCGCCUUGGUGAAAAGGUGCAGUUGUGUAAUCAGGGUGAUAAUCACCAGCACCCCCAAGACUACAUCCUUCCGUACAACUACGAAGGCAAAGGGUCCACGGCUGGUUCCGUGGGCUGUUGCAGCGAACGGCAAGAAGAAGAUGGGCUUGAGUUUUUGGAUCACUUGGAGCCCAAAUUUAGGAUGCUAGCAGAAGCAUGCAUAAAGCGAUGAGUGUACCCUAAUAAGUUCACGGAAGCCAGUGACUUUAUCACCAUUCCUUUUUUUUAAAAAUUAAACGUCAUUAAAAAAUAGAAGACACUGUGCUUGGGACUACCCCCUUGUUUUGGUGUGAUAUCUUUAGAGAAAUGCACAUUGACUGAGAAAUGCUAUACAGAAGUGCACAUAUUCCCAAUUCUUAAUGUAGUUUUCAAUUACUUAUCUUCCACUGGAGGAGACCCUCAGAAAUAGAAAUAUUAAGGAAGUCUGCAUUAUUGUUUACAUUGGGGUUUGACAACAGGGGCCAGUCUAUAAUGCAAUCAAGUGUAGACUGUUGUGUUCAAUGUAAAACCUUGCACUGAAUCUAUGUUUCUUCUCUUCCUCACUUUGUUGGCAAAAUUUAAGUUAAAAAAUGCUUAAAGAGUCCAUUUUUAAUACUGUAAAGUUUUAGUCUCUCUCUCUCCCCCUCUCUCCCUUCCACCUCCUCCCUCCCUACUCCCCCCUUUCCUUCUCUCCCCCUCCCCCUUUUCAUUUCUCUCCCUAUGCCUUUCUCUCUCCUUUGUUUUGUAAUAUUCUCACUUGGGUUGGAAAAUUGAAAUAUUUUUUAAAACCAUCUCUUUUUUUAUUCUCUUAAAAAGUGAGUUAUUCUGUUUCCGUUUUAUGUGAGGGCGUAUAUUCUUGGUUUCCCUUAAAAAUCAAUGUAAUGUUGACUUUUAUUGUAUCAAAUAUUUUGAUGUUUGCUUCAUUGUCUCUUCAACAAAGAACCUUUAAUAUUGCCUUUGAAAUUUUAGAAAUGUGUGAUUAUUUUAAAUGAGUUGCAGCAUUCUAUGUGUUUAACAAAAGGAAUAGUAUAAUUAAAAUUGGGAUGUGGCUAUUUUAUAUAUAGUAGAAUAUUUAUAGUUCAGAUCUUUAAUACAAGGAUAGAGUUUAUAAAUGUAACAUAGUGAUGGUUUUUAAAAUAAGCUUUGAAAUACAGGGAUUGUGAAAGCUCUCUAAAACAGCUAUUUUGUAACAUUUUAGGUGACAUGGCUAGUCAUACCUUUGUGUUUGUAAAGUUAUUUUUUAAUAUUUUAAGGUUACAGUUUUUAACAAGGUAGAGCAAAUUAUUUAAAUUUUGAGACAAUAAGACAAAAUUAAACUUAAUAGUCAACCAAAUUCCAGGCCAGUUUUCAUGGCUGAUUUUAGUUCAUGAAUUUUCUGUAUAUGCUAACUAUACAAACAUUUAAAAUAUAUUUCUACUAUCUAUGAUUAUUAGUAAUAUGCCUAAUCACAAGGUUGACUUAUAACAAUUAUUUUUAAGGGUUAAUAUUGGGUAAUUAUUCAAUAAUCAAUGUAUCUUUUCAAUAGUUUCAUUACUGCUCAGUCAAAUAUGCUAUUUCUCAGUUAUUAAUAAAUUGUGUACAGACUUCUUGUAUAGUACUGGUUAUGAAAAAGUAAAUCAAGUAGUUUUUAAAAAUUAGUUUGAGAUAGUUAAUCAUGGUGGUGAUAUGAGCUUAUGAGAUUUUAUUUUCUCACUGAGAGUCUAUUUGGAAUCCUGUUAUAUAUUUUUUAGAAUCUUAAAGUUUGAUUUGAUCCAUUGCUAUAAUUUUUCUGUUCUAAAAGCUGUGAUGUUAUGGGAUAUUGGUUAAGUUGCAUAAUUUCUGUUGUGUCUGGUUUGUUGUGUGUUGUUUCUGGUUUGUUUUCUAUUAUAAAAUGGGGAAUAAUAAUAGAAGUCCUUUCCUAGGAUGACUGUAAGACAUUUGAAUAAAAAUGGGUUUUAAGCAUGAAA